UGCUGCCAAUUGAAUUCAAUGUAGAAAACCAAGAUGAUUUAACAACCAAAGAAAACCUCAUCGGUCCAGUUUUUAUGAUCAUACAUUUCAUAGUGAGUAGCAGUUUCGGAAAAAAUAGUAGUCUUGGUCCAGAUGUCUUGGGGAAAAAAUAAUUAAAAUGUGCAUAUUUUAUUACAUAAUACCUAUUUUUGCUAUCUGCUCUUCAUAUGAAACCUAACGGUCGUUAAUCGGGUUUCAAAAUACCAUCAGGGACGUUUUAUUUUGCCUUCAAAAUCUGAUAUUCCGUAUUCACUUUAAUAGGAGCACCAAUGCCGUGCCCUCAACAUGCGCAGUACAGACUUACUUCCGGGACUUCACAUGGUUAGCUGAAGGCGUCCUUCCUGUCUAGAUAAAUGUGCAUGUCUAAAGAAUUUAAGUUAUUGUGUUCGCACUUUCAGCUGGCCGUGUCAGCUAUCUAUGCGCGUUUCAUCACAUUCAGUAAGCCCCGUUUUCGAAUUUAGCUGAAACUAUUUAUUCAAAGCUUCGUUGCAAAAGAAGAUUUUUCACUUUGUUUGAAGUGCAAGAAAGCUUCUCACAUUAAAGCAGCAAGCUAACCAUAGAGUGCAUAUUUAUAUGAGUAGGAAAAUCAUUGAGUUUGUCAUUGAGAUACAAGCGAAAAAGACUUCUUUGCGAAGUAGGCUCUGAACAUUUCAUAAGAAUGACAGAGGUAUCAAAGGAAGAGUUUGGGGUGAUACCCGGGCAAGGAAGUGUGGAGAAAUGGAAGUUAAAAUCACAAAGUGUUACUAUAGAAAUUAUAUCACUUGGUUGCAUUAUAACAUCGUUGAAGACCCAAGACAAGAAUGGAGAAAUGGAUGACAUCGUCCUGGGAUUUGACAUCCUCGAAGGCUAUCUGACAAAUCCCCGAUACUUCGGAGCUGUCGUUGGACGGGUGGCCAAUAGGAUCGCCAAGGGGAAGUUCACGAUCGAUGGGAAGGGAUAUCAGUUGGCCAUCAAUAACGGGCCAAAUUCCCUCCACGGGGGGCUGAAAGGUUUUGACAAGGCCAUCUGGACGAGUGAAGCCACAGCCGACGGUGUGAGGCUGUCGCUGACCAGCCGGGACGGGGAGGAGGGCUACCCUGGGGAGCUGAGUGCCACCGUCACCUACAGCCUGCAGGGAGACACCCUCACCGCCCAAUACCACGCCUCCUCCAGCCAGGCCACGCCCAUUAACCUCACCAACCACUCCUACUUCAACUUGGCUGGACAUGGGACCCCAGACAUAUACGACCAUCAGGUGUCAAUCACAGCUGAUGCCUACCUGCCUGUGGAUGACACUAUGAUUCCCACAGGGGAAAUCAGGGCUGUAGAUGGCUCACCCUUUGACCUCCGAAAGCCUGUGCUGAUUGGUCCACGUUUAAAGGAAGUCCCAGGACCAGGUUUCGACCAUAACUUCUGCCUGUCAUCUCCUGGGGAGCCCCCGGAGGAGCGACCAUGUGCCAGGGUGCACCACCCAAAGAGUGGGCGGGUUUUGGAAGUGAGCACAACCCAGCCGGGCGUGCAGUUCUACACCGCAAACUUCCUGGAUGGCAGCCUGCGGGGCAAGGGCGGGGCCACCUACCCCAAACACAGCGCCUUUUGCCUGGAGACCCAGAACUGGCCCAACGCCGUCAACCAGCCCGAGUUCCCCAACACCCUGCUGAGGCCAGGAGAGGCCUACAGCCACACCACACGCUUCAGCUUCACCACCGCCUGAAACCAGCAGAGGCCUAUAGCCACACCACACAGCUUCAGCUGCUCCACUGCCUGAGACCAGCAGAGACCUACAGCCACACUACAGCUUCAGCUUCACCACAGCCUGAGCCCAGCAGAGACCUACAGCCACACUGCACACUUCAGCUUCUUCAGAGGAGUCCAGUGAAGCACCACAACUCAUCUCACUUGCAUUGUGGAACACGUCACUGCUCAUGUUAAACCACACGCUUACUCCAGCCAUGUUACAGUAAACCACACGCUUACUCCAGCCAUGUUACAGUAAACCACACGCUUACGCCAGCCAUGCUGAACCACACGCUUACGUUGGCCAUGCUACACCAUGCGCUUACAUUAGCCAUGCUGAACCACAUGCUUACGUUGGCCAUGCUACACCAUGCGCUUACAUUAGCCAUGCUGAACCACACGCUUACGUUGGCCAUGCUACACCAUGCGCUUACAUUAGUCAUGCUGAACCACACGCUUACGUUGGCCAUGCUACACCAUGCGCUUACAUUAGCCAUGCUGAACCACACGCUUACGUUGGCCAUGCUACACCAUGCGCUUACAUUAGCCAUGCUGAACCACACGCUUACGUUGGCCAUGCUACACCAUGCGCUUACAUUAGCCAUGCUGAACCACACACUUAUGCUAGCCAUGCUA